AGUUAUGGUAUUUUUUUAUAUUUGGCUGUAUGGACGAGUUUCUAAAGUUGUAAAUCUCGUUUUAAAAAUAAUCAUGUCUACCUACAUUUUUGACAUUAAUGACAUUCAUGGCGUAGGAGAGUCUAUGUAUGUUGUAAUAAUUUUCCAAUUUCUAGUUUUAGAGAUCUUCAAAAUAAACGAUGGUCGUGGGCGCUUUUCCCAUUGCAAAAUUGUCUGUACUUCUUAUUAAACAGAUAAGUAAACCAAUCGCAAAUGUCUGUAAAGAGCGAGCCAAAAGUAAUCCAUUUUUUAGAACGUACGUUUGUAUGCCUCCCGCUCAGUUCUACAACUGGUGUGAAGUCAAGGCAAAAAUGUGGAUUCUCAAUCUCGGAAAACCUGUAAAUAUACCAGUCCUGAGUCAGGAAAUGGCCAUUGAGUUGGGUGCCAAUCUUCUUGGUGAAACAGUAAUUUUUGUUAUUGGUGCUGGAUUGCUUAUAUUUGAAUAUAACAGACAAAGUAAAAAAGAAACUGCAAAGGAAGCUAAGCGAGCAGAGGAAAUGAACCAUAUUACAAGUACUAUAACAGACCUAUACUUCACAGUGCAACAGCAGCAAACACAGCUAAGGGAAAUGGAAAGGGUAAUUCAUUCCAUAAGUGGCAAGAAACCUGUUAUAGUUCCUCCAAUUGCUAAUGAACCUUCUCAGCCACCUCCAACUUCCCCACCAUCUAGUCCUAAACCGCAAAAUAUGAGCAAUGUAAGGCAACCAGAAAUAGGCAUUUCAACAUAUACACCAUAUCCAAAUAUGGGAAUUAUUCUUCAGUCUCUGAACUAUAUACAAAUGGAUGUCUUUACUUCUCUUUUUCCUGAAAAUGGUGCUAAGAAAGAAGACAACACUGAUGGAAAACAACAACAAUAUAGAAGAGAGCCUGCACUCUUGUCUGCAACAUUAUACAAUAUAGAAAACAACUUUAAAAGUUUGUUUUAAACUUGUAAGUACUUAGUAAGCAUUAUCCACUGUAAAGGUGAGAUUAUUGGAAGCUUGAUGACCGCAAAUUAGUUUAUAUUCCAAAACUAGGUUUGGCCUGCAGUUAUGCUCAAAUUUGACAAAAUGUUAUUGUUUUUAGGUUGCUAUCUGUGUAAGUGAUGUUAAAAGAACAAUAUCUAAUGCACUUUUAAUAGUAAAGGAGUAGAUAAUACUGAAAACCAAUGUGCGAAAGACCUCUUAUCUCCUCCUUUUUAAUAAUUGAGAGACAACAGUAUGUCAGUCCUCUCAUACUAUUAUAGUAUAAUGACUGUGGUUAAAUAUGCCUUCGAAUGUUGUGCAUUUUAAUUUGUUAGCUGCGUGGUAACUAAAAAUUACAAUGUUUGAAUUGUUUGAAGUCAAUCAGUUGGAUUAAGUACUACUCAGUGUGCAUAUCCAGUUAUUAUCUUAUUUGCUUAAUUUUAUGCAGAUAUUAGAAAAGGUCUACCAAAUAACUUACUUUAUUUUGAUACAUAACUGAAAUUUAAAUUGUCUUUGCAUUUAUGUAAAAAAAUUGUAUAAAAUGUAUACCAAGCUAAAGAACCCUACUUUAAAAUAUUCACUAGUGUUAAUUUUGAGUCACUUAGCAAAUAUAUUAGGUAUUUAGUGUCUGGGUGUUAUAAAGUCCAAUUUUACGAUGAUGCAUACAAACACCUUUACAUAAACCACUGGGAACUAAAUAACACAUUGUACCAACAUGUGUGGUCUACUUGCAUAUUUUUUUUUAAAUAACAUGGCAGCAUUCCACAUUUUCAAAAAGUGUUAAAAACUUGGAAUCCCUGGUUUAAUUUAUUACUAAUACGCUGAGAGAUGUGUUUAUCCUUUAUGUAUAUAUAUGAGUAUUUUAUUUGUUGUUUGUAGUGAGUAGGAUUUCUUAGGACUUUGUUUACUUUUUUAUGUUAUACUUCACCCAGUAAUCUGUGAUUAAAUUAUUAUUAUACAUA